GCGCAGGCCCCGCCCGCUGCCGCAGCCAUAGCCAUUCUGUGCCAGAUGCCGACGGUGCUCGCUCAUCUCUUCCCCGCGGCCGGCGAGCACGAGCGCACCUUCCUGGCCGUGAAGCCCGACGGCGGGCAGCGGCGGCUCGUGGGCGAGAUCUUGCGGCGCUAUGAGCGCAAGGGCUUCAAGCUGGUGGCGCUGAAGCUGGUGCAGGCCUCGGACGAGCUGCUGCGCGAGCACUACGCCGGGCUGCGCGAGCGCCCCUUCUACGGCGGCCUGGUGGACUACAUGCGCUCGGGGCCCGUGGUGGCCAUGGUGAGUGCCGGCGGGGCGGGGCGGGCCUGGGAGCGGUCCUGGGCGCUGACCCCGCCGGCCCGCGCGGUGUGGCAGGGGCUGGACGUGGUGCGCGCGUCGCGGGCGCUCAUCGGCGCCACCGACCCGGCAGACGCGGCGCCCGGCACCAUCCGAGGGGACUUCUGCGUGGAGGUUGGCAAGAACGUGAUCCACGGCAGCGACUUGGUGGAGAGCGCCCGGCGCGAGAUCGCGCUCUGGUUCCGCGGCGACAAGCUGCUGUGCUGGGAGGACAGCGCGGAGCCCGCGGGCCCCUCCUGUGCGGACGCCCGCGACCUGGGCAGCCUUUCCUUGGACAAUAAAGCAGUGAAUCCUCCGAGCUCCCGCUGGUCUGGGGCAGGGACGCAGCUACGAUAUUAA